AUGUAUUCAGUAGAAACUGAUACUACUCAGGAUAUAUCUGUUAUGGACCAAUGUGCUGUUGUAAUAAGAUUUGUUGACAAAAACUGUGUUAAAGUAAAUGAAAAAUUAAUUGCAAUUGUAGAAUGUUCAAAUUCAUCUGGCCAUGGUAUGUUUGAAUUGCUUCAAACUGUAUUAAAAAAUAACAAUUUGAAUUUAGAAAUGAGCAUAAGUAAUGCAACAGACAGUGCAGCCAACAUGCAGAGUAUCUACAAUGGAUUUACAGCUUGGUUAGAAAAAUUCUCUCCAGGACAAGUGCAUGAUUGGUGCUAUGCACAUAUAUUAAAUUUAGCCAUAACUGGUGUAACAAAGUGUUCAUUAGAAGCAGCAUCUUUAUUUACUCUUCUCAAUAAUGCAGCUGUAUUCUUUUAA